GCUUAGCUGAUCCUGGGACUUAGUCAGAGCAGUCUCAUUCGUAUUCCAUAUCUUUGUUAUGUGCUGCCGUCUUUUCUGAAAAUUCCGUUUCUCUCUCUCUCUCAGCUUUCGCAUAAUCAAGGAUCAAGUAACAACUGUUGGGUUUUCCAUUGCGUUUGAUUUUGCUGUUAGCUUCAGCUUCAAUGCCUUCUAUCAUGUCACCUCAGUGGCAAGACAAGGCUGCUGGUUUCUUUUCUUCCUCUGGGGUCAAGAUUAAAGAAGCUAAGGAAUCAGCAGGGACGUUUGUUGGCGAGGUCACUAAGGAUACAAAGAGUAACGUGGCUGAAGUGGCAGGGCGAGUUGGGUCGAUGGUCAAGAGUCGGUGGGCGCUUCUUCAGCAGCCUUCCACAAGACAUGCUGUGCAGGAUCGGUUGAUAUCGGCGGCUGCUACUACUGGUACACUCCUAAGGAGGGGCUUCUCCGGGACAAAGGAUAAGGUGGUUGUGGGAAAGUCCAAGGUUGAAGAGGUGGCAAAAAUAACAGCACAAAAAAGUAAGACUAUCUUAACAGAUAUUGAAAGAUGGCAAAAGGGAGUUGCAAGCACUGAUGCAUUUGGAGUUCCUAUUGAGGUUACUGUGCAGAGGCAAGAUUGCUGCAGACCUAUUCCUCAGAUAUUGGUCAAUUGUGCAGAUUAUCUUAUAGUUUCAGGAUUGAACUCGCCAGAUCUUUUUAAAUCUGAAGGGGAUAAAAAGGUUAUUCACCAGUUGGUUUCCCUAUACAACCAAGAUCCAACUGCUUCAGUGCCAGAUGGCACAAAUCCUGUUGAUGUAGCAGCUCUUGUGAAAUAUUAUCUUGCUAGCCUUCCUGAGCCACUUACUUCAUUGGAGCUUUAUAACGAGAUUAGAGGUGCUCGUUCCAGCAUAUAUUCCAUGAGAAACAUACUCAAGAGGCUUUCCACCGUAAACUACAUGACUCUGGAGUUUAUAACAGCACUUCUACUCCGUGUUAGCCAGAAGUCACUUCUCAACAAGAUGGAUGCACGGAGCCUUGCAAUGGAAAUGGCACCUGUUAUUAUGUGGCAAAAUGAACGGAAACCUGAGUUUUAUCGUCAAUACUGGAAUCAGAUGUCGAAAAAUCCUUCCAAAAAGAGUGUGGAUCCACCACCUGGUUCAGAUACUGCCUGGGACAUGCUUGCAGAUGAUGGGGAAGCCAUAGAUGCAUCAUCUCCUAUUCCCUUGGAUGAUGGCACGCCAGUAGACUUUGGUGCAAUUGAGGUUGUUCAGUUGCUCAUAGAACAUCAUAAUGCAAUUUUCACAGAUGCAAACGAGACAGUCUGGAAAUGAAUUGCUUUACUCCUCAUCCUGUAUUUAUUGGUUGACUUGGAUAUAUUGGACUUGGAAUAAUUUUUUUCCCCAAUCCAGUCAUGAUGAUCAAUCAGCGGGCUAUAUUUGAAGUUAUCCACAAUCAUCACGCUGCGGAAAGAUGUUGGACACUGGGCAGUUUUAGUUUUAAGGGUAUCUGAUUUUCUAACUCAUGCAUUUAAUGAUCGUUUUACUUCAUGGUGGUGGGGAGUAGUGUUAUAAAUAGCGAAAGUAUUCAGCUAGUGUCUUGCUGAAAUUCUCGUCACUGAUAACGUUAUUGUGGUCUUUCGCUUGAUUGAUGGAAGUGAUCUUUGUUUAUAAUUUUUACGUAGAGUUAUUCAUAUUCAUCUAUUUACAUAAAGGUCAAUUUGGUAUACCUUACCUACUAGUAGAAUGGAUCAUUUAAGUCACGUCGCUGAUUGCAACAAUGCUGUGAAAGGGGGUGGGUGUAGGCUUUGAUUGGAGGAGCAAAGCAAGGAGAUGCCACGGUUUUUUUUUUUUUUUUUU